CUCCGAUACUAUCUUCUUCGCAGUGAUGCUAUGGGGAGUAGUGUGAUGGUCCCACUGGUACUGGUGGAUCAACUACCGUUUCAACUCCAAGGAAUCCCGCGGCGGCUGACCCAUCGCCAAAUCUCAGACGAAGGCUGGAGGCUCUGUUCAGAGACUCACGAGGUGUCAUCAGCACUCGCGAUCCAAGCGCCUAUAAUGACCAGCCAUCUAACCCAACCCAGUCCGACUACAAGCCCCCGAUACUUGGCACCAGAUCAUCAUGUGCGUGCUGAACAGCAGAUGACAUCUGUAGACUACUAUCGGCCUACUCGACUUUUUCAUCAGUCUCCAACCGUCGCAAAUUCAGCUCAAUAUCCAGCUCUCGUGAAUUCGCCAGAUCAACAUCGUCCGACGCCUAGCAUUACCCUUGAAAGUCCUUCAUCGCUGACCGACACCUUCGCAUCCAUCUAUCCGAAAGAUGCAAAACGCCUUGGUUACCGCCUCCCCCAUCCAUCCGGCAUUGAGCCCGAUCCAUCCAAGAAAGAGUACUGCACGCACUGGAUCCAAACUGGCGAGUGUAGCUUCGCGGCUAUGGGCUGCAAGUUCAAACACGAGAUGCCUGGUAUCGAGAAGCUGCGUGAACUAGGCUUCGUUCGAGGCAUACCGAGAUGGUGGAAGGAGAAAACUGCUAUCGUUCCUAGACCGCCCACAUGGAUGCAGCGACGGCUGGCUGGGAAUGAAGAUGUGGAGUAUGCAGGGCAAGUACCAGAACCAAGGGAAUUCCCUGACCCUUCUACACUCAAAUUGAGGACCACUGAGGGACACGAUUUAUUUAGUGAGGAAGUACAGCAGCCGCGUAGUAUUCUCAAGAGAGAUCUCUCUCCCAAGCAAACCACAGCAGGUCGCCUAACUCCCCCAGCAGCGAUAGUCAAGCAACCGACUCAGUGUGCGAGCCACAUGCCAGAUCUGCUCAUCGACCUCGAUGAUGCUCCCACUCCAUCACCUAGCCCGCAGUCAUCCUGUACAUCAACGGCCAGC